AUUGACAUUUUCGUCGUCGCUGACUACACGCAAUUAAGUUCAGCCAUAACUGCUGUUACUUUGAUGAGGUGGAAUUAGUGGGUAAUCAAGAAGGCCGAGGAAUUAAAAGUUACCCGAGCGUCCAUUUAUCUACCAAAUCAUGCCAUACUAUCAAGCAUGGGACGAAUUUGCCCGGGCUGCCGAGAAAUUGUAUCUUACAGAUCCAAUGAAGGUUCGAGUGGUUCUGAAGUACAGACACUGUGACGGGAACCUCUGCAUAAAAGUUACAGACGACUCCGUGUGUUUGCAGUACAAGACUGAUCAAGCACAAGAUGUGAAGAAGGUUGAAAAGCUACAUGGAAAACUGAUGAGACUAAUGGUCUCAAAAGAGUCUCACUGUGGUGCAAUGGAAACAGAUUGAUGUCAUGGCCUUUUUUUAAUCACUGUACCCAUAGAUUCACAUGGGUUGAUGAACUUUCAGUUGAAGAGUCCUGUGAAGUAAUAGCAGGUGGGCCACAAUAUCAUCAACAAUCAAAAGGAGUGGAUUACAAUGACUUUGUUUGAAUGAGUUGUGCCAUUUGAGGGAAUUCUGUGACAUUUAGCUGGUGUAUAUUUUGAAUUUCACAGUGGACUAAAAUCAGGCAAUGGAAGCUGCUAUUUACAGGGUUAGGUUUGCUUUUCAUAUAAGGUGUUUUGUACUAUGUUGGCCACUUGUCAUCAGAGGCGAGCAGAUGAAGCACAAUCUCUUGUGAAGAGAAGGUGUGCCUGUUCCAUCUCCACAGUCACUAAAUAAAUGUUGGUCAGCGAC